ACUAAUCGAAGGAACAAUCUAGAAUUGGAUCUCUUCUCUUUAAAUACUCUUCUGGUCCUUUAGUGGGAACAAGACAAAACCUUUGCCUCUACUUCAUUCGAAUCUUCUUCUUCUUCUCUCCCAAUCGAUAUGGCUAAGGAACUUGCAGCUCAGGCUAAAGAGGCGUUCGUAGACGACGACUUCGAUGUUGCUGUUGAUUUGUACUCCAAAGCCAUUGACUUGGAUCCCAAUUGCGCUGACUUCUUCGCUGAUCGUGCUCAGGCUUACAUCAAACUCCAAAACUUCACUGAAGCUGUGGCAGAUGCGAAGAAAGCUAUUGAGUUGGAUCCAUCAUUGACCAAAGCUUACUUGAGAAAAGGAACUGCUUGUAUGAAGCUUGAAGAAUAUAGAACUGCAAAAACAGCUCUUGAAAAGGGUGCCUCCAUCGCACCAAGUGAAUCCAAAUUCAAGAAGUUGAUAGAUGAAUGCGAUCUUCGAAUCACAGAAGAAGAGAAAGAUUUGGUUCAAUCACCAGUAAAAGUUGAUCAGACCCCUGUGCCUGCAGAACCAGCCAAACCAAAGUUCAGACAUGAAUACUAUCAAAAGCCAGAAGAAGUUGUGGUAACCGUUUUCGCAAAAGGGAUACAGAAGCAGAAUGUUAAUAUCGACUUUGGUGAACAGAUUCUGAGUGUUGUGAUUGAUGUUCCUGGAGAAGAAGCUUAUCAUCUCCAACCGAGACUGUUCGGAAAGAUAGUACCAGAGAAGUGCAAAUAUGAAGUAAUGUCAACCAAGAUUGAGAUCCGUCUCGCAAAGGCAGAGAUCAUCACAUGGGCCUCUCUUGAACACGGCAAAGGGCCAAAGGUCUUGCCAAAGCCUAAUGUCUCAACAGAGGUUUCAGUGAGACCGGCUUAUCCUUCUUCCAAGAAGGUGAAAGACUGGGACAAGCUUGAAGCUGAAGUGAAGAAGCAGGAGAAGGAUGAGAAGCUGGAAGGAGACGCGGCUUUGAACAAGUUCUUCCGUGAGAUAUAUUCAAAUGCGGAUGAGGAUAUGAGGCGUGCCAUGAGCAAAUCAUUUGUGGAAUCUAAUGGGACAGUGCUCUCAACAGACUGGAAAGAGGUUGGAGCUAAGAAGAUCGAGAGCACUCCUCCUGAUGGUAUGGAGCUCAAGAAAUGGGAGAUCUGAUUUGAAUAUGAUAUGUGUGGGUUUUGCCUUGGUCUUUAAGGUUUUGCUUUCUCCACUUUAUGUUCUUUGUAUUUGCCUUAAAACUCAUUUUGUUUAUACACAAAACAACUGAAGUUUUAAAUCUGAACGUUCUAUUCUUUAUUCAUAGAACACGUUUAUUAGAGACUUGAGAUUUUGAGAUUA